AGACAGGAAGUCAGAACAACCGGAGCUAAAAAAAAACUUUUUCUACGUUCAAAACUAAACCAACAACCAUGGACAGCCGGCCUUAUGUUGUAUCGUUGUGAACAUUCCCCUCCACCGCUCCUAACACCCAAAACCCAUCCCCAUUCCCGUCGCCGUUGCGGCAACGGCAGCGAGCCGUGGCGCCAGCUCUCCAGUUGCCCCCCAACGCAACGCAGCCGCCGCCCACAGCCUACAGGCUCCAGCUAUGUGAUUAUGUCUCCACUGACGAGUUUAAGAGAGAUUAGUGAGUAGUGACAGAUGCACUCACCAUGGGCAAGGCCGGUCGCGUUGAGCAGGCCUCCUUCCCCAACUCUGCGCCGGCAACCAGGUCCUGCCGCUGCCGGUGUGGCGCAGUCGUUGAAAAGGUAGUCAACGGGAAGUGCGUCUCUUUGGUGUUCCUGGCAGUCAGCGGAUUCCUCUCGGCCUUCUUCCUCCUGCUUCAUCUCCGGGCAUCAGGAGACAUCCCUGAUGAUCCUGGCAUACUCGCCGAAAUCGAGGCAGGCUUCAUUUUGUCAGUACCACACUCACAGGUAGCUUCACAAGUUGGAAUGCUCGAAAAUGAGAUAUAUACCCAAAUAGGUGUCCCCAAUAGUACGGUUUCAGUUUCUAUGCAACCAUACAUAUAUACAGAUACCACUUAUGUGAAGUUUGGUGUUCUUCCAGCCCCAAGAAAUACCUCCAUGAGCACACAAUCCAUCAAUGCACUGAGAGCAUCUUUGAUAAAACUUACACUACACCAGCUGAAUUUAUCUUUGACACCAUCUGUUUUUGGAGACACAUUUUGCUUGGAGAUUUUAGGGUUCCCAGGAGGGAUUACGGUAUUGCUUCCACAUAAUGCUUCACAUGCUGACUCAAGAAUACCUCUCUUCAACAUCACGCUCAACUCAACCAUUCAUGAAAUAAGGGGAUUUCUUAAGAAGAUGAAGAUUGAGCUUGGAUCCACUUUGGAGCAAACACCAGAUGAGGAAUUAUAUGUCGAGUUAACAAAUAUGAAUGGCUCAACUGUUGCAACACCAGUUAUAGUUCAAGUUUCCAUUUCCCCCAUUGACCACAGCAUUUAUCUAGGAACUUCCAGGCUGAAACAACUAGCCAUAAUCAUCACAGAAUGGAGUGCAAGGAACCUUGGCCUAAAUACCUCAAUUUUUGGCAAUAUUAUGGAUUUGACGUUGUCUCCACUCCUACAAGCCUUUGUCCCAUCCUGUGCUCCUAGCUUGUCUCCAACAUCAACGCCAUCCCUGCUCUGGCCUCCAAUAUUUGAGCACCCACAAACCUAUCCUUACGGGGGAAUUUCAUGCCCUCCUUUGGUUAAAAUUCAAAAUGAAACCACUCAACAUCGCAGACUAAUGCGUGUAUCGUCCAAGACGAUUUCUCCACAAUUGUCAACACAGUUUCACAGGAAGUACAAAUCUGAGGGCAAGAAAAACAGUAUUGCAGUGGCAGCAACAACAUUCACUGCACCAGCACCCAACCCAAAGUGAAUGCCUUGGUCUCUAGGUGCCUCAAAGUUUCCAAAACCCUGCAAGGCGUGUUUAUCUAGUGUGACCCGUUGAUGUGUCUAGUUACACCAAGGUGCGUAUGAAGUAGCUGUGUGUGCCUAGGCUAAAGUUGUAAGAAAUCUCAGUCAAGUGUAAGUAGAAAAUGGGAAGUUAGUAGCCAGAAAGCUGGAUAACUCCCGACUCCAUGUAUAAUAGUAUGGCAACAGCUAAAGAAAUGGCUGGCCAUCUGUUAAUUAUGAUGAUUUUCCCAACUCAUGCAUCUCCAUGAAGAAUGUCAUUCUAACAAAAUUUCCAAGAGCC